AAUAAAGCAACGAUCACAGGUGGCUAUGAUUCCGUAAUUUCAGUUCGAAUUAAAUGGCGUGGGUUUUUUUUCUGCAUUAAAUUAUGUGUUAUGAACAUGGUGAUAUUUUAGCGAUUAGUUUUGCAAAUUGGAUUAUUUCAAGGGUUUUUUGAUAUUUUGUUCUCAAACCUAUUUAGAGGGAUAGUAUCAUCGCCUAUCUUAUUUCUAGUUAUUCCGUUUACACGUGUUUCUGGGAGAGUCGAACAUUGCCAUUAGGACCAACUUACGGCAAUAAUCGCAUGUGGUAAACCAUCAAAUAGAUUGAACAGUUUUAAUGUUCACAUUGAAAUAAAAACACGUUAUGUUUCUAACAAAAGCCAAGGAUUUAUUCGCCAUGAGUGGCUCGUUGUUGAAAAUCAUAAAACGAUAUGAUCACAAUCAUAGGAGUUAAGUGCUUGCGGUUAGCUUUACAAAAUUAACUUAACGGAUCGAAACAAGUGGAAACAUGUGGUCCAGAAUCUACUGACCAAAGGUCUGGCUCAGUGCACGACAUUGUGUCCCUUGUGAUGACUCAGGGCAAAGUCACGCUGUUCACUUCAUGGCGAGUGCUAAUCGACCGGGAAGAUCUAAAAUUCAUUGUGUUUAAUAUAAUGAGUCAAGUUUGACUUUAGAGUGUGCUUUAUCUGAAUUUAACGCCCGCGUGACGAUUGGAUUCGAAUAUUUCAUUAAUUGUUGCCGUUUUGUCAAUGAGGCGCACUGGAACUGUUAAAUUCGCUUUAACCAGUGUGGCUCUUAACAUCGCUUAAAAUCGAAUUUCAGAACCGAAAAUGCGGAAGAAUUUCUGUUGAAUGUUGUGUUAUUGAAACAGUAAAUCAUUUGAGGAUUUCAAGUACCUGAUAACAGGUGUACAGAGGUUCGAAUGUGCUUGAUACGAUAGCGUCUUGUUAUCUGGAUGUAGUCGGGCAGGUGGGAUAUGUUCAUGUAUUCGUGGAUUUUACACAGUUCCAACAAAAUUCAAGUGAUUUUGAAACCCGAUUAAUCGAUUACUUGAGUGGAAACGGGUUACAAUAUUGAUCGUGCUUUGAAGUAUCAUCUUUAAUGUCAAAUGAUUGAGGAUUUAAGUUAAACAUGGCGAUGGCGUCCGACUCAGUAUCCGAUAUUGAGAUCCCUAUCUGGGUCAAGGGCACCCAGAAAUGGGUGACGGGGCUGACCAAACGUACCACUUGCGAUGAUGUCAUAUACGCCCUUCUUUACCAAGACGGUCUCCACGAACACGUAAACACGUCCGCUUACGCCAUCUUUGAAAAAUGGCGGGAAGUGGAGCGCCCUCUUCAGGGCAGAACAAAAAUUGUAAAAAUAUGGCGAACUUGGGGCGCUGACCAAACUAAUGUUCAUUUGUCGAUGAGAAAAUUUAGUGAACUUGAAUACAGUGGAGAGUUUUCAUUAACAAGACGAAAGAAAAAAUCUCGCCACAAGACGCGUGAACGAGAUCGCGAGCGCGAGAAAGAACGAAAGUCACGCGAACACCGCCAUCACCAUGGCUACUGUCAGAACUCCUCGGAAAGACUUCGAUCGAUGGAGACGCUUGUCAAACUAGUCAUUUCGCAGGAACGCAAAUUAAGUGAUAUGAUCGAGCAUGCGGAUGACACGGACAAGUUAAUUGAUAAAUAUGAGUCCAGGUUACAUAAACACCGGUUAAAAAAUAACGGUGGUGAGUACACCAAAGACGUAUACCUUGAUGAAAACGCGGACGCUAUAGACGAAAUGUUUUCUAACGCAAAUAUUGAAGAAUUGGAAUUAUAUGUGAACUUCUGUGACCAGAUUAUUGCAUUGGAAGACAGAAUACAGAGCGAACAUGCCAAAAUCGAGGAAUUGGCUUACCAAAUUCAAAUAUGUUCUUACGACAGAGACUCUCUUUCUGGACCUUCGUCGCUUGCAGAAGAAACUUCGCAAAUUCAAGUGGACUUAACUCGUGCUCAGUCAUGUGCUAUCAUGCAGCAUUACAAAUAUCAGGAUUUACAACGGGAAAUUCAGUUUUACGAGGAUAAAUUAGCUCAUAAAGAUGACCUUUGUAAGAGAUUGCAGCGGGAGUUGGAUGACCUUGACAACGACACGAACGUUCACGUGCGCUCCAGUGAUUCCGUCAAUAGUGGAAGUAGUAAUGGGAGCGCCGGAAGCUCCAAUUCUAAUCAGUUGCCUCUGCCGGAACGGUCAAAACGUGUUAAUGUGCUUACGAACACUGCCGGCUCACCGCCUCCACCACUUCCGGAAAGAAUACGACCGACAAAAAACUCACUGAAACCAAAACUCACCUCUCAUUCUAAUCCCAUCGAAUCACCACACUUACCGGAAGUUCAAGGUAUACACAGAUCUCUACAAAAUUGCCAAACAAACCAACCUGAACGAAAACCGAUUUUAAAAACAACACAUCCGGAGCUUCGUAACGGCUACAAUACUCAAAUAAAGCAAAACAAUAGUAGUGAAACCAAAGUGCGAUUCAAAACAGACGAUUUGCUGGACAAAUAUUUCUGGGACGAAUCGAGUUCCGAGGGAAUCAGUAUUGACCAAUCGGAUUGCUCGGAUUCGAAGGAUGUUCUCGAUUACAUUCGGAGAGACGAUUAUUCGCAAUUCAAACCGGGCGUGGCGGACCGUCCCUACCUGACCGUGAAAGUGGAGGAUCAGGACUCGAACUCAGAUACCGGGCUCAGUUCCAUGCAUAGCGACGACUCGGCCGUUUACCACUUAGAAACGCUAGUUUAAAAUCGCGACCAUGUUGCAAAACCUCACAGUGAUCUCCCUUGUUUUGCAGUUAAUUCUGAUCCAUCGAACAAGGGACAUAACUAUGCGGAAUUCUGACAGUAUUAAAAUUGUUUCAUUCAACGCUGAUACACCCAACAAGCCCGACAGCUAUUGAGAAUUUGACAAAGCGGCUGUUUUCUGUCUGCUGACACUUGUAGUUCCUUUACAUCUUGUUUUAAUGUGAUUCAGAUGUAUUUUCUAUAAAAUACUGCAUUUACAAAUUGCAUGCAUGUAGUACCGGUAGAAACAAUUCACGACGACGAUGUUGAAUCUUAAAUGUACUAAGAAAUUAGUCAGUGGUACUAAGAAUUCAAAAAUCGACAUGUAGUGUAAUUAUUUAAUUUUAAAGCAACCCGUUCACAGAUUGUCGAAUUUACAUUUUUAUGCUCCCCCAAAAUUUUUUGGGGGAGCAUAUAGUCGCCGCUUCGUCUGUCCGUGUGUCCCUUCGUCCGUGCACAUUUUUUGUCCGGGCUAUUUCUCAGCAAUUAAUGACCGGAAUUCAAUUAAACUUUAUGGGAAGCUUCACUACGAAGAGGAGAUGUGCAUAUUAUCAGCCGGUUCUGGUCGGAUGAUUUUUCACAGAGUUAUGGCCCUUUGAAAUUGUCCAGUAACUGUACAUAUAGUGCAAUUCUUGCCCCCCCCCCCCAACUACUGACUGGAAUUCAAUGAAGCUUAAUGGGAAGCUUUAUGGGAAGCUUAACUACCUUGAGGAGAUGCGCAUGCUAUUUGUGGGUUCUGGCUAGAUGAUUUAUUUAGAGAGUUAUGGUCCUUUAAAAAUUUUAAGUUGCUAAACCAUCCAUCGUAUUAUUUUGUCCAAAGUUAUGCCCCUCAAGACGUUUCCUUUUAUCUGAAUAUAUAGUGCAAUAUUGUGACAAAAAAAAACCUUUGGGGAGCAUCACCCGUCUCCGACGGUUGCUUGUUUGUUGCAGACUGAAAAAAUAACAAAACAUUGUACAUUACAAAUAACACACAUGACACAGAAUUAAUCUGAAAAUACGAUUUAGUUUAUGAGAUACCUUAAGUAGAAAUUAAUAAAAUCAUAAAGCCUCAAAAACGCUAAAUGAUGAAUAAUUUGGGGUACUUCUCUUUAUAGUACGUUUACCGCUAAUAUUAAUAAACAAUAAAAUAAUUUUUAUUAAGGCAGAACUCCGAUGACCGGUUGAUAUAAACGACACUGUUUAAAUCAUUUGUUGUUGUCUUUCUUUAUACUUUUAUAAUUCUAUUCUUUUAAUAGAUUGAUUCUGUUUGUACCGAUGUAUACAUCUGUCUAUUUUAGCAUGUUAUGACGACUUUCAAAGUAUGUCGAAAUCUGUGAACAAGUCACAUUAAUGAAAAGCACAUUAACCCUUUAAUGAUACGCCGAUUCUUACCUUUCAUACACAGAUAUACAUGUCUUUAUAGUAUUCGGCUACGACGCUUAUGUUAUGAUUUGAAAUUAUUUAAAGAACGAUGAAUGCCUGAACAAUAAAAUACGAGUUGAUAUCAUAUCGUAUGCUAUUGCUGUGAACCGAAAAGAGUGGGGAGGGGGCGAUGUUUUGUGAAGAUUUAUAGUUGGUGUUAAUGUUUUGUUUCUUAAAUGUAGAACCGGUGCCGUGUUUACUCGUGUCAAGUGAAAUGUUUACAUAAACCCCCCAAAUGCACAAUGUGCUUUAUAUUGACUGAUAUUAUGCAAUAAAUAUUUAAUAUAUA